AUGCCUGCUAAGAUGGCCCUGGCCAGUUCGGUUGCUAGCCAACCAGUACCACCACGCUCUGGAAACGUUUCUGUGGCUGGGGUGGAAGAGCACCAGAGCAAGCUAGAUUUCUUCUGCAAGCUGGGCUACGGUAAGCAGGACAUCUGCAAAGUGCUGGAGAACCUGGGUCAAGAGGCCCUGGAGGAUGAUGUGCUGAAAGAGCUGAUUCGGAUGGGGAGCAAACCUCAAGCUCUGGAGAGCCAAGCUCAGCCUUUCCCCCUAGAACUUGUUGCCCGUGGAUCGUGUAGCACCACAUCAGGGUCGAAGUGGCUUGGAGAGGAUGGAGGGGAUUCUUCCGAUUACUUGAGACCCAUCGUGAUCGAUGGCAGCAACGUUGCAAUGAGUCAUGGAAACAAAGAAGUGUUCUCCUGCUGGGGCAUCCAGCUGGCAGUGGAUUGGUUUCGAGAGAGGGGACACACGUACAUCAAGGUUUUUGUGCCACUCUGGAGAAAGGAGCCACCUCGACAAGACAGUCCCAUUGCAGAUCAGCACAUUCUUGAAGAACUUGAAAAGCAAUCGAUCCUUGUGUACACCCCGUCCCGGAAGGUGAAAGGCAAGAGGGUAGUUUGCUACGAUGAUCGCUAUAUAGUGAAAGUUGCUUAUGAGAGAGAUGGAGUCAUUGUUUCCAAUGACCAUUACCGGGAUCUCCAGAACGAAAACCCUGAGUGGAAAUGGUUUAUUGAGCAGCGACUACUCAUGUACUCUUUUGUCAGUAACAGGUUUAUGCCUCCUGAUGAUCCGUUAGGCCGGCAUGGACCCACUCUUAAUAACUUCCUCAGCAAAAAGCCAGUGCUUCCUGAACCAAAAUGGCAGUCUUGCCCCUAUGGUAAAAAAUGCACCUAUGGCAAUAAAUGUAAAUUUUACCAUCCAGAGAGACCACUUCAAGCUCAGGUCUCAGUUGCUGAUGAGCUCAGGGCCAAAAUCAAGGUGCCGUUAAGCCUGAGGAAAGAGAAGUGUAACCACUUGCUGUACAGGACCAGAGGGGAGCCUGCGCCCCGUGACACCUGCUCAGAAAUGCUACGAGAAGCCGGCGGCUGUGCGGGGGCUUCCUGCUACCCACGGUGGCCCCAGGGGACCUGUCCUGAGCACCUGCCCCCUGCCUGGGCCAGCAGCCCCGGUUCUGACCCGGGGCUGAACCAGCAGUUGCUAUGGCCAGAGCCGCUGCCUGACCAGCCUCUCUUGGAGAAGAUGUCAGUGCUAUCCAUCAGUGAUGGCACCUACAGCUACAACUGGUCCACAGAUACCUCUCAUGACAGAGAGUUGACAGACAGCCCUCAUCACUGUGGUGACCUCAAGCUCAACCCAUAUUCGCUUCGUCACCCCCACAGCUUGGACCACACCUGCUUACCAGGAUGCCCUUUCCAGCAAAGAGUGCUCCCACCUGCGUGGGGCGGGGUGCGCCCAGUGCACAGUUGGCCUCAGGAGUGUUGUGGCCUGCACGGGAGGGCUCAGAGGAGCCACUAUGUCCCUGAUGGUGGUCGGCACAAAGGGGCCCUGGAGGCGCAGCACCCCCUUUUGCCGCAGGCUGCAGCUCUUCUCCCUGGCCCGCGUCACUUGUACGGAGAGCCGCAGCAGCAGCAGCAGCAGCGCUGCUUCCCCGGCCCGCCCCCACCACAGCCCUUUCUGUUAGACUCCAGGGACCAGCUGGGCUUCCUCCAGAAAGCCCACGCUCGCCACGAUGCCUCUUAUGGUGAGUACUGGCCCACCCCUGCUGCGAGGUCACCCUCUGCCCAGCAAGUGAACCAUGUCAUGGCUUUGUGCCCCGGUAUUAAGGACCUUGCUAGCUUGACUUCACCAACUCAAAGGCACAGAAACUUGUGA